UGUGCUUCCGUGCACCGCUGCUGUCCUAAUUUCCCGAAGCGCCGCACAAUCUCUCUCUCUCUCUCUCUAUCUCUCUCUCUCGCUUGCUCCAGAAUGAUGAAGUUCUCCCGCUUCUGGUUGCCCAGGAAUCAACUGGCUUCAAAAUUUCUGCCUGAGAAAAAUAGUAAUAUCAAGGAAGCUUCAUGGUUCAGUAAUUACAGUUCUCGAUUCGGUAUUUCAACUGCAAGAUCAGAUUCCAUAAAACAUGGGAAUUAUUCAGGAAAAACAUAUGCAGAUUUCUCUAUUUUUAAAGGAAAAGCUGCACUUACAGUUUCCCCUGUUCUGCCAACAUUCAGCAGGCUGGAUUCUGGGAGUUCUAAAGUUGAUAGAAGGGGAGUUGUGCUAUUGAAGUUCAUGCCUGCUAUUGGUCAACGGAAGUAUGAUCCUGAAAAGAAACAGCUCUUUGCAUUAUCAGCUACUGAAAUUGGGUGCCUAAUAAGCCUAGGUCCUGCUGAAUCAUGUGAAUUUUUCCAUGAUCCUUCAAUGAAGUCAAGUCUGGAAGGUCAAGUGAAGAAAACACUAUCAGUUUCCCCAGUUCCCAAUGGCGAGGGUUAUUUCUUUAAUCUAACUGUCAUGAAUUCUGUCCAGAAAACAAAUGAUCGUUUUUCUGUACCCGUGGCAAAAGCUGAGUUUGCAGUGGUGCGUGCAGCUUUUAGUUUCAUCUUGCCAUAUAUCAUGGGCUGGGACCAGGUCGUUAAGCCACAGUUGGAGAGUGUCGAAGGGGAGCGGCCAAAGCAGAGAGAGAUGCGGCCAGACCCAGAUUUCGAAUGGGAAAGAUGAUGAUGAUAUAAUUCGAUACCUUGACUAUUGCUUGUGGCUUCAAACAUCAUGAUGCCAAUAUUGUUCUGUCAGAGGAGUUGGGUUAGUAGCUUAACAGUGUCAAUUGUCCUCGCAUAUUUGGUGAUGGAAAUUAAAUUAGUUUUUCAACUAAAAUGGGCAGAUGACAUGCUUUCUUCCCACAGGGCGGGCUUUGAGGUUUUGUUUGUAAACGCAUAGAUGGCUCAUGUAUUUAAAAUAUGUGCGUCUACCUAUAUUAGCAUGGAAUAAAAAGAUGUGCAUCCACGUAUAUCAUCGUUAACAAA